GUGAGAGUAUUUCGAGAGGGAGUGCGGAGUCUCUCCACUCUCGGCCGUAUCAAGGCAUUUGAGGGCAUGGAAUGUACGUAUUCAAAAUUAAUUUUUGUAUUGGGGGUGGGAAGGACUGAUGGAAAAUGUCGAUAUCGACUUAUGUACAUUACAUAUAAUAUACUACAACAAGACACCAAACUUACGUCACAAAUGAACUGAUAAGAUGCCAUAAACUAUCGCUAUUUGCAUCCCAUCAGGGCGUUAGCAACUAAUGUGCGAGGAAGAAGCCCUUGAGAUGAUACUCGUGAAACAUGUUCAAGAUACGGAAUUAGGUGUUUCAGAGUAACAACACCAACUGAAUUACUAUCAGUGCCCCAGUACACACAUUACAAAUCCUAAGCAUUAGAGGAUGUCAGUUUUUUUGGCGAGAGAGGUAAUUUAACACAGAAAGUCUCAAAGUCGAAUUUUACAAUAUCAGGUAAGAUCUAUCGGCGAAUUUUAAACUUGACCUUCUUCAACCAAACUAACAUGCCAGAUUACUUUCGUUCGAUAUGCUAUCACCGUUAAUCAUGGAAGCCUAUCAGACACGCGAGGUCUUUAAAUAUUAUGCUCUCGUCCAUAAUAUUUAAUAAAUACGUAUUUAUUUGUAUUUGAACUGAUAGCAUGAAACUAUGUAGUAGUUAUUAGUAUCUCUUAACAUUUUAUAGAACUACUUGUCAAUUACGUUUAGUUGUGAAUGUUUUCCACUCCUUGUCGUUUACUUAAUAACCAGUAAUACACUAAAAUCCUACUAUCGAUAAUUUAGGUAUCUGGAAUUAGAAAACGUUCGAGUGUUUUAAAAUCGAGUCGCAGUAUUAACCCAUUUUAGCGUAGAUCGGUCUAACGGCUGUGAUAACAGAUUAAACUAAUAGUUGUGACUAAGUCUUAAACCAAGAGGAUCAAAUGCACUCCAUACUACUGAGUGGCGAGUUAUUCCUUGAUGUUUUUAGUUUUAAAGUAGUUUUCAAAGGCUGGUGACGAAAUAAUCUUCUUAGAUCUGGAUGAAGCAGUGCUUAAAGGAAAAAAAUAUUAUUUUGAGUAAGGAUCGAAAAUUUCUAAAGGGACAUGAACUGUUUUUGCACUGUUACUGUCAAUCGUAGAAGUUGGAUCUACAUAGAAACUCAGUACCAAACACUCAUAGGCUCUAGAACAAAUGUUGAUCCACAUAGUUCUAUUUUUUAUAACGGAGUUUCAAUAAGUUAUCUUUUAAAUUAUGUAAUGGUUCUGCCACCAUAAAUCAAUACUUCUUUUAUUAAGCCUAGUUACAGGGCAUCCGUUAAAAAAGCCGGCGAAUGUACUGUCCUUAAAAUAAACUUCCACUGAUAUAUAAUACUACUUUAAUGAUAUCGAUAUGGGUUAUCUUCUAAAAACUGCUUUAAGCCACAAUUUGUAAAUCAAUUGUUGAAGUGAAGACAUUACAUGAUACAGUAUGAUGCAUAAUUGCUUUUAUUUAGUUGUUUUUAUCAAUUGUUUGGAAAACUACUCACUUUGAAAUAUACCUAAAAUCGAAUAACAAAAUCGGUAAUUAAAAAGCUAUCAAGUUAUCACUACUUCUUUGGAGUGAAAAUAUUCUCCAUCGUUGUAACUUAUCACAGCCAUCGUGAUUGGAUAAUUUUGAUUAAACCAUUCAUUAUUAUCAGUAAUAUUGUUUAUGCUUCUUUGCUCUUUUCUUCCUCAUUUCAUGUUCUUAAAAAUGAUCUCUCUACUCGUCUGCGAGUUUUGCUCACCCAUUUCUCAAGCCUAUAUAAAUUCUUCAAACCUCUUUGAAUUUUACACAAAUCGUCCCAUGGAUUUUCGCUUUCUGGAUGAUUGAUUCCUUACAAAAGUUUUUUUGAUAUCUAUCUUCAUUUGGUCUUAUUUUUGUACAUAAAUACCUAUAGUACUGAUAGUUUUUGUCGUUUCGAUCUUUUUAGCUAUCAAUAUCUUACGUAAUAUAAUAUUAUACUUCAAUAUGAAUACGGUUGUAGGUAGCUUAUGCUGGACUUUGAGAUAAAAAUAAUAUAAUAUUAUUCAGUAUCGGCUGUUGUUAUUGCUUUAUUUAAAUUCAUGAAGGAAGUUAUUUGUAUUAGUUAAUUGCUGCCAAAGAGGUGGAUAUCAAAAGUCACUGUGCAGCUAGAUAAAGUCACAAAUUUUUAACUGAAGGGGUUGGGUUUUGAAUUUCACUAUGAGCACCAGGACGAUAUCAUGAAAUCUUGCACCCAACUAAUAUCACUAAGGACCUUGAGUUCCGUCGAUAUCUACCACUAAAAUACCACACAUUAGUAGGAAUAAAGUUUUUGAUUUGAUAGUUACGACGUUUUUGAAUAUUUCUGGUUGUUCUAAGCACACCGUGAUGUGCUUAAAAUUAAUACUUAAAGUUUAUAGUUUGCUGUCAUAGCAAUACAAAGAAUGCCAAUAGUCUAUGGAAAGUUAUCAAGUAGAAAUAUUGAGAUUUACGGUAUAAUAUGGAACAAGAAGACAAUUACAAAAACUAACUGCAAUAAGACAUAUGCUAGUUAAACAAUUCAGUACAGAAUCUUGCAUACAUAUCAAGAGUUGACAGUGGCUUUUUAUAUGAAUGAAAGCGUUUUUGGUUGUGCUUUGUUUUCUAUACUAGGAGAUUUUACUAUGGAGCUUUGGUUGUUGUUCUGGACAACGUUAUUAGUUAAUAUUUAUACAGAAAUAAGCUUUUUAGUCACUUAGCAAGUUUUACACUGGUUCGUUCAGAUGACCUUAUUUGCAGUUGACUUUCUGUGUAGGUCAUUUUUACCUUCAGCUGUUCUUGAAUUAAUGUUGUCCGUCUUUUUUGGUUAACCCCUAGCUUUAUAACUAUUUAACCUAUUCCGUAUGGGUCGCAAAGUUAUUUCCAUGUCACUCUACUACUAGCUGAUUAAGUCGUUUAAUUCAUAGAACGCAACAACAAAAGCAUCUACCUCCUUUGCUAAUAUUCUUCGUCAUUUCACAUCCAAAUUUAGAAAAAUAGUGCUGAGAGAAUAAAUUUGAACUGAAUACUUUUUUAUUCACUUUCUAAACUAUAAGCCAGUUUUAUUAUCUUGUGGUUAUUUAUGCCCCUCUAAACAAUAAGUUUGAAGUAGGCAUUAUGGAUUGUAGCUCAUAACAUAAAAGUUCAGGGCCCACCAUCUGGAUCAAUAAUUUUACCACAAUUUAGUAAAUGUAGAUAAUUCAGUAUAAAUAUAUGUCAUACAUGUCUUGCAAAUGAAAUACACCCUUUAUUUUAUUUCGUUUGCUCGUGUGAGAGCAUAAACCGAAAUCAAUUUAUCUUACCUCAAAAAUAAUAAAUACUACGUUGAAUUUGAAGAUUAUUACUGUGAUUAUUUCCAAACAUAUAGAGUUUCGAAUCAGUGUAUUUAAUCACUGAAGGUGAAUCAACAAUGACGUCACCGCAACUACUUGAAAAUAUUGUCAAAAAUAUGAAACAUCCACUUCAUAUUGUAUCUUAUUGUUGUGAAGAUAUGAAAACAAUAGACUAUUUGCACAAUUUAUGCACUUAUACUGGUGGACGAUUUCAUGCUUAUUGCAUCAAUACACAUAUUCCAUUAUAUUCACCAAGCUGUUGGGAUGUAGAACAAUUUCAACAAACGAUUCGUGUUAACAAAGUUGAAUAUGGUGGUCCACCUAAAGGUUGGGGUCAACAUGAAGAUUGUGUAUUAAUAUUUGAAGAGUUAGAAGAAGCUCGAUCUUUAUUACAACGUAUCGAAGAAGUACUACAUGAUGUUGAUCGUAUACCUGAUGAGGUACUUAAAGACUCUAAUUCUGAGUGUAGUCAACCUGCACCUAUAACAAGUAGUUGUGAAUUUGGCUGGAAACGUGAAGAGUAUAUGUCAUCAAAAGAAUGGUUAAGUAUUUAUGGUUUAAAAGCUCAACAUUUGGAUUUCUAUGAUUUAUUAGUUAGUGUUUCAUUUAAACACUGUGAUGGAGUUGUAAAUGUUUUGAAGCCCCCAUUAAAUGUUAGUAACAAUGAUGCAAUGGAAAGAGAAUGCAAUAAGAUUUAUGAUGAUUUUGGAAAAUCCAAUCAUUCGGAACCAAAUUCAAAUGAUUCUUCACAAAUAUGGUCUUCAAGUGCAAUUAUUCAACCAAAGUUGAUCAAUGCUCAAUAUUGUAGCAAUUUUGUACAUGUUCGAUGGAAAAACGGUAAUAUAGUUCAUGUGCAAAUUACACCUGAAAUGUAUCGUUCAUACUCUCGACGUAUGCAUUCUAGAUUAAAUGCUAUUAAACAUCGUUUAGAUCUAUUAAGACAAGGUUCAAGGGAAUUAUUUGGAACCAUAACAGAAGAUAAUGUAUAUAUUUUAAUUGAUACCAGUACAUCAAUGUUAUCUUGUAUAAAAUUUGUUAAAGAAAAAUUGUUACAAUUAAUUUAUGAACAGUUGAAAUAUAAAAAUCGUCUUAAUUUUAUCUCAUUCAAUUCAAAUGUUAAUGCAUGGCAUAAUCAUUUACAAAGUACAACUGAAUGUAAUUUAAAGUCUGCUAUAAAAUGGAUUGAAAAAUUAACAUGUGGUGGUACGACAAAUACAUUAAAAGCACUUCAAUUCGCUUUGGAAGAUAAUUUAACUGAAGGAAUUUAUUUAUUAACAGAUGGUCGACCAGAUCAACAAACGCAUACUCUUCUACUUAGUAUGCAAUUGAAUAAUCGUGUACCUAUACACACAAUCAGUUUUAACUGUAAUGAUCCUGAAGCAAACGAAUUUCUGAUUCGACUAGCUCAAGAAAGUGGUGGACGUUUUCAUUAUUAUAAUGAAUUUCCAAAUAAUAUAAAUAAACCAAAACAAUGGGAGAGUGAAGAUGUUAGAUUAUUAGAAAAUGAAUAUCAGCUUGGUUUAGAUAAUUUAGAAAAAUUAGCUCAAUUAAAAGAUGAAUGUUAUUUAUUACGUAUGAAAGCGAAUAAUGAAAAAGCCACAUUAAUUCAUUCAAAAAAUAAAAAUAAACAAUUAAAAUUAACUGAAAAAAAUCAAUACAUCUUAUCAAAUAAAUCACAAGCUAUUAAUAAUUCAACAGAUACGAUAAGUUCUGAAAUAGAUUCAGUUUGUUCAGAAAAACAGAAACAAUCUAAAUGGAAUACUACAACUACCUCUAUUAUUUCUACCAUCACCAAUAAUCCAGCUGAAUUUGUACGCUAUCCAACAGUUUUAACUAAUCAUUCGAAUAUAGUUAAGCAAAAAAAGUCAACAGUAAAAAAGAAAUCUAUUGAGAAAAUGUUCAAUGAUACUUAUUAUCCAAAUUUACAAAAUUUAUAUAAAACGUCUUUGGAUGAGAAAGAUUUUCUACUGUAUGAAACUAGACAAUUACUAGAAAGACAAAGUCAGCGGUUCAAUAAGGCUAUAACAGACGAAAUCCUUCUCGAUAAAACAAAGCAGAAAGUCAGUCCAAGUGAGGGGUCAGACAUAAUUUAUACAAUUCCUAACUGGUUAUCUAAUCAUGGUCUAACUGCAAAAAAGCUUCGUUUAACUGAUCUCUUAAAACCAUUCACAGUUCGCUUACGUCCAACAUAUAUACCAGCAUUAAGACAUCAUGUUGUAUCUGAAGUAUUAAAACAAACCCUACCAAUAGCAUAUGUGAAUAAAAAAAAAUCUACAAAAUCCCCUGAGAUUCAUUUAUUCAAUCCAUUGGCAAUUAAUUUUGAACAAUAUGAAAAAGAUCUAAGAAAUGCAUUAUUCCUAAUUGAGAAAAAACUAAUUGAAAUAAUAUUUGAAUAUAUCGAUAAUGAUUCUUUAAAUAAUCUGCGUAAAGAUGUUAAUCUUGAUAAGUAUACAAAAUGGCGGUCAAAACUAUGUUGGUAUCAAGAUUAUGCGAAUAUAUUGAAAACUUUUGAAAAGAAUAACUGGCCAUUUCCUCAAAAUGAAUUUAAUUUACUAACAAAUGAACUUGAUAUGGUUCUACGUUGCGACUGAAUGACGGGUCUUUUUGUUUAAUUAGCAGGCGUAUCAAAAAAUACAUUUAUUAAUUCAGUGAUGUUGAGCUCUUCAAGUUGGAUGAGAAGCUUUUAUUGUCAUUCCGGACAUCUUCUGAGCCUACUUCGUGAAGAAAUAGGUUAGAGAACUCGACACCAUUAGAAGCAUCCACCUUGGAAAAUUUAAAAGAAGUCAAAAUUCGUUGAAUUGUCAUUAGAUAUGUUUAACAAAUUGUAUAAAG